AGUUGAAGUACUUUAUAACCUUUAACUUCUUAAUAGUAAAUUAAUUUUUAGAUAUUCGCACUACAACCAAAAUUACAAAUUUCGCCGAUAUUCGAAAAGCACCAUUUAAAAUUCCCGCCGAGCAUAGUAAAUAAUUGCCAACAUGCAAACAUGAAAUUCAAGUUUUCAAGGUUAAAAAGAAUCAUAUUUUGUUGAAGCAAGCGAAUUUUUCGGUAAGUUUAUGUGACAGGAAGUGCGGAAAAUACUAAUUAAAAACGUUCUUUUUAUCGUUAAAAUCGUUAAUUUUAUUUAAAAGUCAAAAAUCACGUCACAGCGAAUUCCGAAGGUUCACUUGGGCAUGAUUUCAACUGAUUAAGGAAUAUGCGACGAGCCAAACCGCAGCAACCGAUUUACAGACCAGGUAGUGGCCCGUUGAAAAAAUCCAACGCAAACGAAGAGUCCGAAUUCGAUUCCACAGUACUGAAACACAAAGAUCUAUCGAACACCGAUUUCGACAAUACAAAGACCAAAAGCGAAGGCAACUCGCCCAGACAUUCAGACAGAACAUCCAAAUCGGGAGACUAUUCUCCCAAUGACGAUGUGAAUAAACGUCCCAGAAAACCCGACCAGAUAAUAUACGUGCCUAGACCAAUUGCUCAAGCUAGAGAUAGAGAAUCAUAUCCGUCGCAAGACAUGAACAGGAACACAUUUGCUCACAUUAAUGGUAACGAGAAACCCCCUUCGGAGCCGGUCGAUCGAAUCGUUGGCAAAAGAACUCCUUAUGCUGAACGAAACAUGGACAAAAACGAACAAGGCAACGAUUGGCGAGAAGAAGCGGCCCGACAGAAACAGAUACCCGAAAUUAGAGGUGGCAGCGCCGGCCCGCAGACGAAUUGGACCCGACAGCAGCGCGACAAUCGCGGCGAAAAGGUGCAAGCGAAGCCGCCGAGCGGCCGCCGACACAGCACGGUGGGCGCCGAACAGGAGAAACGUUUCAACAACCUGCCGCCGAGGUUCCAGAAGAAGUUCCUCGAAGACAACAAGUUCCAGCACUCGCCCGUCGAGGACAACAACUGGGACGGCAGCAGCCUGACGUUCCAGAAGAACCAGAACCAGAACCACAACCAUCCGACGGGCGGUUACUAUACGUUGCCGUACGCGGCCGGUUCGCACCAUCAGCACCAACCGAACGCUAAUUACAUAUCUAAUACGCUGCCGAGCAAACCGCGCGGUAGAGGCAGAUUGUACAGCGAUCAGGAAACGUCCCGACCCGGUGGAGCUUUCGAAUCCCUGCCCGAUAAGCUGAAAAGUCCAGGCAACUCGCGCCCGCCCACUCCGCCCAGUCGACCGCAAACUCCGACUAAUUCCGAUAACAGAAGAUCGACGAGGCCUCAGGAUAAACGGGACAACAGCCAGAGGGAAUUUAGGAAUAGAAGGGAUAACAAGAACUACAAUAGAGAUAACUUUAAUAACAGGGACAAUUACAACGCCAGAGACCAUUACAGAGAUCAACGAUGGGAGGACGAUUACAGGGAUUCCUAUUACAAGGACCGGAACAAUUUCAAACGGAACGAUUACAACAAAGAGAGCGGUGACGGUAACAGGCGCGAGAGAGACCAACGCAGAGGCGGCGCCAAUCAGAGUCGAGACAAGAGGAGAAACGGCAGGAGGGACAGGAGAAGUCGCAGCAAAGAAACCAACAGAGACGCCAGACCUUAUCACAGUUCUAUCAGCACGGACGUUAGCGUCGAGGAGAACUGGAAUUUAGAGGAACCCAAAAAAGACGUUGUCAGUAGGAUGCCGGAACCGGUUCGUGAUCGACCGGAAUCGAGCACCAGCCCGGACGAUUACAAAACGCUCAUUCCGAAUCUAAUCAACAACACUUUGGAUUGGAGCGAAGAAGUGGAAUUGAACGAUCGAUUAGAAUCGGAGUACAACAGCGACGCGCUGACGAGGAGUUCAUCGAUCGUCAGUUUGCAGGAACCCGCCAUGAAAUCCUUACCGCCUAAUAUCAACGAAACGAACACGUCGAAGAAAAAGAGGCGAAACCGUCAAAGGAGCAGAAACAGGAGCAAUUCUCGGACGAGGAGCGAUCGCACCCGGCAAAAUUCGACUACGAGCAUCGACAGUCGCGACGGGGCGUUCAGGAUGCCGCGAGACGGUUGCUCGGGCGCGUCGAGAAGGAGUUCAAGGGAUCGAAGAGACAGCAGUUACGAUCGAUAUCACAACAGCUCGAGGAACGUCAGCAGGGACAGUAGCUGGGAUCGGUAUCAAGUAAGAGGCCAGCCGUCAGGAACUGACAAUUGGAGGGAGGAAAUCGAAAGAACUAGAAAAAAUUCGGAUAAAGACAGCAAAGUAAUUUUAGACGUAGAUCCGAGCAACAAAAAACCGGGAGUUUUGGUAUUACCGCAGCAAAAGAACGAAACUAAAGCUAUACCGAGUUUGAGUACGCGAGACCAACCCCGUUAUCCGGAUACCCGCCGAGCAACGGGCCAGCAACACAAGAGCCUCUUCGAUCCCAACAACCCGUCCAAGCCGAUCAUAGUCAAAUCGACGAGUUCGCGCGUCAACGUGCCGGGCGCCGCGGACGCCGCCGAUUCGGCCCAACAGCCACCGAUCGAAUCGUUCGGCCCGCCUUGGUACGACGACACCGCCGAAUCGUUCAAGUCCUGCCACUAUCCGGAGUUGUUGCGCGACGUGCGCAAGGCCGACGACGAGCUGCGCGGCCUCGUCGACGGCGGCUGGCUGUUGGCGCGCUGGGACGCCGUCGAGACGCUGCGCGGCUUCCUCAAAGAGGCGCUGGAGUACCUGCUGUGCAAGGCCAUGAAGUUCUGCCAGAAGGAGAACGUCGAACAGCACUUUUGGAACGUGCUCUACCACAACAUCAUCGAGGUCGCCCGCAGCGCCAUCAAGAGCGAUCCCGGCAACAAGGAGAAGUACAAAGGGUUUUUGUUGUGUUUGAUCGAUGAAGGUAGUAAAUAUUACGAGAGGCUGUUGACUGUGUUAGAAGAAACUUACGAUUUCAAAUUGAACAAUUUUAUGAAGGAGAAUCCCGGUGGUACGAAAGGUUUGGGGAUGGUCGGUUUGGCUUUGGUGUGUGCCCAGAAGUUGUUUUUGUUUUUGGGCGAUUUGGGGAGAUAUAGGGAGGAGGUGAACGAAACGGCGAAUUACGGGAAAUGUAGACAAUGGUACAUCAAAUCGCAGGAUAUCAACCCGAAGAACGGCAAGCCGUACAAUCAAUUGGCUAUAUUGGCCUAUUACGCGAGAAGGAAAUUAGACGCUGUUUAUUAUUACAUGAGAAGUUUAAUGUCUUCGAAUCCGGUCCCAUCGGCCAAGCAGAACUUAGUGUCACUUUUCUACGAAAACAAAAAGAAGUACCACCAAGUUUACUACGAUCAAGGGGAAAAGAAGCGCCGAGAGGAGAGGCUGGAGCGGCAGCGGCAGCAGAUGAAGCAAAAAGAAUCCGAAGACUCCAAUCACGCCCCGGGGCAAUUGCGAAGGGAAACCUGGAUACAUCCAGAAGGCGGCAGGAGAGUGUACAGGACGACGCAGGCGAAUCUGGACGCUGCAGAAGAAGAUUUAUCGUCGUUAAGUAGCGUAGAGGUGAACAAACGGUUCGUUAUCAGUUAUUUGCAUGUGCUCGGGAAGCUCAUAACUAAAAUCGGGAUGGAGAGUUUCCAAGAGGCCGCCAUGCAAAUGUUGAAGGAAUUCCGCGCGCUCCUGCAACAUUCGCCCGUGCCGAUUCCCUGCAAUCGAUUGCUGCAAUUGCUCGCGCUCAAUAUGUACGCCAUCGAUACCACGCAGCUCAAAGAUCCGGCGAUGCUUCCGGAGAAAGGGUACCGCUCCGAGUUGCAGGAGCGCGCCCUCGUCGUCUCCCUGCAGAUGUUCGAUCUGAUCCUGGAGCGGUGCGUGGCCGCGUUGCAGGAGCACGCGGCGACGCGUCGCGACGCCGUCGGGCCGGCGUCGUUGCCGUCGGACGCCAACGUCCUGCUGCCGGCCGUGAAGAUCUGGUGCGAUUGGCUGUUGUGCCACACGAGCGUCUGGAAUCCGCCGCCCUCCACGCAGGACUUCAAAGUCGGAUCACCCGGCGAUAGUUGGAGCAGAUUGGCCGCCUUGAUGAAUUUGUUAGAGCGAAUGGAUCAAAGCCAAGCGGUUGGUUUCGUCAAAAACGCCCAAGAAGGUUUCGAACUGAUCCGCCUGCCCGAGGACAGCGUGCUCAGCGGCUUCACGCCGCUGAUGUACACCUCCGACGAGGCCGCCUACGCGCCCAAGGACGUCGACGUCGAGACGGCCCAUCUGACCCAAAGGGUGGCCAAGCUGUUGUUCUUCGGCACAGUCUAUCUCUGCGGCGUCGAUCCGCCUGUACUCAAAUUGGAGAUCGAAGACGGCGUCAGGGAGUACGUUUCGGUCGUUUGCGCGAGCAGCAGCAGGGAUUCCCCGCCGCACGCUGAACUGUCGCCGAACAACGACGUCCUGCUGGAGAGCUUCAGCGACGACGACGCCGACGACAAGGAGACCUUCGACGGCGACGACGUCGCGACGGAGGGCGCCUCGACGGCCGUCAGGGAGCUGCUCUCCAGGAAGGUCGAACUAGAGAAGACGAAGCGCAGCCAGGACCUCCACAAGGAACGUGUCAAGAAAAUCCUGAGCCAAUCGGUGGUGAGCGUCCACGUGGAGGUGAGACCCAGGUACCUGGUGCCCGACACGAACUGCUUCAUCGAUCACACGGACGGCAUCCGAGCCAUCGCCCAAUCCCAUUCCUACACUUUGAUGGUGCCCAUUAUCGUCCUGAGCGAACUGGAGGGCCUGUCGAGGGGCGGCAAAGCGCCGGCGCCGGACUCUCGCGACCUCCUCGACCCGGAGCACGUGAAGAAGGUGGCGGCGUCCGCCAAGGACGCCUUGGAGUUCCUCAAGAAGCGCCACGCGUCGGUCAAGUGCGUCACCACCAAGGGCGUCAUUUUGCCGUCGACGAGCUUCUCCACCGAGGACGAUGCGACGUGGGACAACGGCUUCAGGAACGACGACAAAAUCCUGGCCACUUGCAUCGGAUUGUGCAAAGGAUACAAGGAGACGGCCGGCCAGGAAGCCGGUGAAGGGGAACCGCGCCAUUUGGUCCGGGAGGUGGUUCUGUUGACGGAAGAUCGAAAUUUGCGAGUGAAAGCGUACGCGCGGGACGUUCCCGUCAGGGAAUUGCCCGAUUUCAUGCGUUGGGCCGGACUGGGAUGAACCUGAUGGGAAAAUUUAUAGUAAUGCCAAAGCAGCUGCUCUCUUCGUCCCGGGAAUUGUGCCCUUAUAGUCUGGUGACGAUGUGGUGUGUUUAAUGAUCAAAUUCGAUAAUCAAAUAUUCUCACUUAACGCGGAAAAUUUUUUAUUAGCUCUUGUUAGCAUCACAAUUCAUCAUCCGAUUGGGUUGCGUCGCUGCAUUUUCCUCCCUGUGUUUUUUUUUUGUUUAUUUACUUUAUUUUUAUUUUUUCGAGUCCUGGAAGUAUCGGAUUAGCGUUGGUACCAAAAAAUUCACUAAUUUUAAUCGUUUCGCUCAAAUUGUUUUUUUAUUAUUAAAUUUGUGGACGAGUGAGGCAAGUGGGAGAAGCGCAAAUGUUUGUCGGGUUUUAUUAAUCACUUUUUGUAAGGAAAUUGAGUGGGAAAUUUUGACGAUUUUUCGGUACCAUAGCGAUCGAAUAUUAUUGUUAAACAAAUUAAUGUUCAUUUGAAUGAUAAUAAAUUAUGAAUAAGUUUUUGGUGCUGCUGUUAUUGCGAAUUUGUCCGAUCGUUUUGUUUGUACAUUGUUUUUAUUUUUCUCUUACGUGCCAUUUUGUCGCUAUAUUAAUCGUGUAGUUUAAAAAAAACGAAUAAUUCCAAGAGAUAUCCAGUGUUUGUGCCUCAAACGAUUUUUCCUUUUAUUUUUUAAUAUACACUUUAUUUUUUAAGUAUUAUUUUAUUACUAAGCGAUUCAAAUAUCGUUUGAGCCACUGAAUAAAAAUACUUAGAAGUUAAUCACCCUUUUUAGCGUAGCUUUUUUUUGAUGUACUUAUUUGUAUAAUUUUACUUAUUAUUUUGCGUUUGUCGUGCCAUCAUUAUUUGUUCUAUAUUGGCAAAAGAAACCUUUUUUUAAAACUAAAAGGAGCAAUUCUUAUUAUGAUAUACGAUUUUAUUAAAAUGUUGCAAUUGUUUGCUCAGGAAUAUUAGGAGAAUAAAAG